AUGUUCUCGUCUCGAUUUGAGACGGAAUUGCAUCAUGCAGUUAGUAAAGUUUUCAAUCAUGAAAAUUGGAACUUCGAAGCCAUUCUGGACCUGAUUCGAUCUAAUAAGGAUCUCUGUCAGAUUGAGAAUCAUGAUGGUUUAACGCCUAUUGAAUUGGCUUUAUCAUUGGAACCUGACGGACGUUUGGCCACCGAAAUGAUGCGCGUGGAAUGUGAGAAUCUUUCAUUCGAAGAAUGCCUCAAAACAUUUCUGGUGAGAGGUAAUUUGCGAUUGGUUAUGAUGGUUGCUGAUCGGAUCCGUGAGCAGAUUAGUCAUGCGGGAAUGAUAGCCAGUCUCACAUUAGCCUUCGCCGAAUUGCGAACCCGCAAUGUUUCCUUAUCAACGGAUAUCGUCGAUUGGGUGCAAUAUCUGCUUGUCGAAGCUGAUUAUCAACGGAGUAUUUCAAGCACCGAAGAUAACAGGAUGGAUGUGUCGGAAAGAGAAUGGCGGUUGCAGCAUUUGAUCGCAUGCGUCCAAUACCUGGAAACCCAUCAUAGUGGUUGCGGUUUGCGGGUCAGCGAUAUGGGUGAACGGUUUUUGCUUUACAUUCGGCAAAUAUUUGAGCAUGUGUUCUUUCUGAAGAACUGGUUGAAGGAUUUACCCAUGAUGCAAUUGCAGUUUUGUUUGGCAAUUUUUCUUGGAACAGUGACAGGGAAUCGCAAUGAGGAAGUCGAUAUUUUUGGAUUCAUGAUUGACAAAGGUAUGGUGAAAGAUUUGAAACAAAACUUAUCAGAUAAUUGAAUAAUUAUUAUUUUCAGACACUGUGCUCAACUUUCUAUCGGCAUUUAAGCAAGUGUUGAGUGAAUAUUCGGAUGUCAAAGAGCUGACUCCUCUUAAGUUAUUCAAUUGUAUCAAGCAGAUUAUUCGGC